AUGCCGCGGAAGAAGAAAGGAUCUGGCUUCACGAGUAGUAAGAAAAAGAAACAGGACGCGGUAUCGAACGCGGCGCGGCGCGAUGAGCGAGGACUUCCGACGACUGUAGCGAAGGCGAAGCGAACGGUGGGCGAUGACGGAUCUUCUUGCUGUCUGAAGUGCACGAAGAUGCUCGCGCAGGACAAGUUUAAAGACGACUACGUACAGACGUGUGUGGAUUGUUGCGAUCGUUCAGUGCAGAACUACAAGCGACGGAAACUUGCUCACGCGGCGGCACCUGAGCGCAUUGAUUCGAAGCGAGUAACGGCCAUGAAAGACGAUCGCGCGACGGACGAGCGAUCGGCGACGUAUCCUCCGCAUGUACAUUUUGCUAGAGAUACGCAGGUGUUCGAUGCAAAGAUUUUGUUCCCGAUAGGAGCGCCUCUCGAUGAUGUGCUUGCGUGGUCACAAACGUACGACCGAUUAAACCAACGAGAGUACGCUCGCGUCGCGUUCGUUCGAAAAUUUCAAUUAGAAAAAUUCAAACGAAGCCACAAAGGAAAGGGAACGUCUAGGUCUUGGAUACACAAAUAUACUGGUGCGAAGCUCUGUUUGAGCGGCGAGAACGCGGUUAGCUUUCUGCGUCGUGCGGCCAAAGAAUUCAUAUUAACCUCGCCGCGCGAGGCGCAGCCGAUCGACGCCGAUUUUCAAUCGGCGGAUGGCCAGUCUGGAACUUUUUUGGAAUUCAGGCACCGGCUUACGAAGAUAUUCGUUCAAGGAUUAUCCGAUUCCACACCUGAACUCGCGUCUCGCAUCGUGCGUAAGUAUUGGAAGGCGUGUUUGUGUUGGUCUGCCUCUGCGCAAGCAACGGCACCAGCAAGAAUGCGCGCUUGGGAAGACUUUUCUGGAGUGGCUUUGCUGAAAUUUUUAGGUGGCACCUGUCGCGUCGCGGGACUCAUCCCGGAUCUUUUGGCAGAUCUGUACGUAAGCAAAUUCGAAGAAACAGAUUACCUGGAGUCCGAGUACAAAGUUUAUUCGAGCGCCCGGUUUGUUUGCGUGAUUCCACCGCGGGAUGUCGGCAAUCGCCGCAUGCGCGGUGCGGUUUGGAGUGCACUUAAAUUUGGUUACCGAUGGCUUAAAGAUGCUGAAGAUUCUAGCGAAGUGCACGUCGCGCCUUUUGAGGGACAGCUGCAUACGGUGCAGAAUUCGUUCGAGUCGAUGGGUGGUGGAUCGCAUCUCGUCCCUCCCGAGCGUUACUUCGGCGAAUGCUACGACAGUCGUAUCGUCGAGCACAUUCGUUUGGAAGGGUUCGAAGAGGAGUCUCGCUCACGCACAAACUCGUCGUAUACGGGUUUGAUGAUUCAGAACGACAGUGGGCAACGUCGCGUUUCCGGUAAGUAUACGCUUCUCGUGCACAUCGAUGCGACUACCAACAUCAUUUGGAGUACGGACACGCACCUCUAUUUCGGUGGCUUUUCUCUCGCCGGCGUCCGCUUCGCGGACAUGAUGGCUAUCGGCGACGACACGUCCAUCCAGCAAGUCAAGCGCGACGACAAGCUGGUGUCCGUCUCCAACAGCUUGCUUUCCGGCUCUGCCACCAUUCAAGCUUGCGCGGUCAAUCUUCGCCGGUACGUGCACCGCGCCGACCCACUGAAGCACCAAGUUGUCAUCGACGGCGCCGCCGCCGACGCCACCGCCGUCGCCGACACCAACACGCUUACGGGAUCAGAAUGGGACGCGACGGACUGCCGCCGCAAGUCUUCUGGUAUCACGCACGCUUUGAACGCGAUUUGCAUCAACCGCGUCCUCGAGGAGAAAUUUCCAGCUGCACUCACAGGUCUCGCGCUUUCACCGUCCAAAGUUGAGCGUCUAGCGGACGUGGCAGACGCUGAAGCACGUCUCGCCGCCAAAGUUAUAUAUCUAAAGACUCAGAUUGCUGUCGGUGCUUUCGAUGUCUCAUUGUAUUCAAGCGAGGGUCUGGCGAAACACGUAGCGAGUCGCCCACGAAACGUACGACAAUCCAUCCGCAUCGACAGCGCUGACUUGUUCAAAACGCCGAAGCCGCCGUUCCCGACGUGCAAUGGUGUUUUUUUUCUGCAGCAAUGGGCUCAUGACAUAAUACCGCUACGGAAAUUGCGAAAAGAAGUCGAUCGUCGACGUCAACAGGAGCACGAUUCAUAG